ACGUCCUUGUUUUAAGCCCUCUAACUUGAAGGCUUCCUUCCUGUGCCUGCUGAAUAUACAACGGGGUUCUCUGUUCCUGUUGCAGCUUUCGACAGGACCUAAACAUUUAAAAAGGAUUCACCUAGCAGUCAUUGGGAAACAACAUCAUGGGGAGCCAAUGCUCUGCACUCAGGAAGGGUAAAAUAAAGGAAGAUGAGGCUACCACCAAAGGGGAAAGUAGAGAAAAGUCUCCUCUCAUGCAAAGAAAGCCAUCGUUGAAGGAGGAGGAGGGAGCCAUGAAGGAGACAACAGAGGAGGAAACUUUAAGGAGUCAAGUAGAAGAAUCUUCCUCAAAAGAAACGGCAUGUAUUGAGUACAGCAGUUCUCUUGCACAUGGAUAUACUGAUGUUGAUGUUCACACCUCAAGUCCUAGCCUUUCUGAAACACAUGAUACUGCUUCAGCUAUGAGAGAGAACAAAGAGGCUGAGUGGGUUGACAACAACAGGUCUAAGCUCAUUCAGAACGUCCCCCUAGUGAUGGCAAUAGCUGAUGAGUUGCUUCAGCGGAAAAUCAUACGAAAGGAGAUGUAUGCCAACAUUGAAGCUGCCAAAACCAUCCAGAAUCAGAUGAGGGAAGUCUACAAAACCCUCACAACUUCAAAAGUCAAAUCUGCCUUCUAUAGAAUCCUUCAAGAAAAACAGCCAGGGAUUUGUGAAACAGAAGAUUUCGUCAAAGAAGUCAUCAAAAUUCACAAAGCACACCUGAGGGAACAGUUCAAAUACGAGUUUGAAGGCCCUGAUACUGAUCGUGGGGAGGCACAAUCAUUGGACAACAUUUACACAGAGCUUCACAUUGUGCAAGAAGAUCGGCAACAAGAGGGAGUACAACGUGUCAAUAUAGAACAUGAGAUUUGGGAGAUUGAAGACAAGGCGAGGAGUCAAAAAGCUGAGGAGUGCACUAAACUUCAUUGCAACAACAUCUUUAAAAGUACACUAAAAGAUAGUGUGUCAUCUCAGCAAGAGGACUUGAAAGCUAUCAGGACCGUGGUGACAAAGGGAAUUGCAGGCAUUGGAAAAACUGUGUCUGUUAAGAAGUUCAUUCUUGACUGGGCAGACGGGAAUGCCAAUCAGGACUUGGACUUCAUCUUUGUGCUACCAUUCAGGAAGUUAAAUCUGGUAAAAAAUCAGCAUAGCCUUGAAACACUUGUGAGAGAGUUCCAUCCAGAACUUAAAAAGAUAUCAGUUGCAAGAGUAUUUGCUGAUCACAACGUUUUGUUCAUUUUUGAUGGUCUCGAUGAAAGCCAGCUUCAACUUAAUUUUAGGAAAACAGAACUAUUGACAGAUGUCACCAAAGAAUCAUCAGUGGACACUCUUGUGACCAACCUCAUCCGGGAAGAUCUUCUUCCCUCUGCUCAUGUCUGGAUAACCUCAAGACCAGGAGCAGUUCAGCGCAUCCCUAGACGUCAUGUAUACCGGUGGACCGAGGUCAGAGGAUUUAAUGAUCCACAAAAAAUAGAGUACUUCCAAAGGAGAGUUGAGGACAAGUCAAUUGCUGCAAGAAUUAUCGACAGCAUUAUGAUGUCCAGGAGCUUGUACAUUAUGUGUCACAUACCUAUCUUCUGUUGGAUUGCGGCAAAAGUUCUUGCAGUUUUGCUGCUAAGAAUGGACAAUACUCAAGAUAAAGACAUAAAGAUACCCACAACGCUUACCGAAAUGUACACACACUUCCUUUGCAUUCAAAUGCAGGUAGCUACCGAAAAGUAUGACGAAGAAAACGGGUUAGAUCAAGAGGAGAUCUUCGAGUCAAAUGAUGAAUUCAUUUUUAAAUUAGGUAGGAUGGCAUUUGAAUAUUUGAUUGAAAGCACUAUCGUAUUUACUGACAAGGAUCUAGAAAAAUAUGGCAUUGACAUACGUAAAGCUGGAGUUGACUGUGGGUUGUGCACAGUGGUAUUCAAACAAGAGGAAGGUUUGUACAGAAAGAAACUCUACUGCUUUGUUCAUCUGACAGUCCAGGAGUACUUUGCCGCUCUCUUUGUGUACCGCAGUUUUGCAAGUAAAAAGAUAGAUUCCCCAAGUCUCAUGAAUUUCCUGCUCAAAGGGUCCGAAAAAGAGCUCAAGUGUAUCUUGGAUGCAGAUCCAGUUGAUUUACCUUUGGAUGAGCUGAUUGAAAUUGCAAUAGCUAAUUCUCUUCGGAGGAAGACAGGAGAACUGGACAUGUUCCUGAGGUUCCUUAUUGGCAUGUCCCUACGAUCAACACAAGAACUGCUUCAAGGCUUGAUUCAGCAGAAAGAGGAACACUCUAGAGUUGUUGAGGAAAUAAGAACAAGUCUUGUAGGAAUAGAUAUUAUGAGUUGCCCCCCUGAAAGAUGCCUGAACCUUGUUCAUUGCCUGAUCGAGCUGAAAGACAGUUCCAUACACGAUACUGUGCAGAAGUAUUUGAAACCAGAUCAUGAUGCAGAAACACAGCUUUCCCCUUUUCAGUGCUCCGCUUUGGCCAACUCAAUUAUAAUGUCAAAAGAGCCCCUAGAAGAAUUCAACCUGAAGAAAUACAGACCUUCAGCAAACGGUAUUUUUAGGCUGGUCCCAGCUGUGAGGAACUGCAAAAAAGCAAGAAUUUCAGGGGUGAAUCUUGAUGUUUACCUUUGUGAAACGAUCUCAUCAGCUCUUCGGAAGCCAAACUCUGUGCUUACUGAACUACACCUGAUCAAUAUAUCCUUAAGUGACAAAGGUGCACGGAUCUUGGGUAAUGGACUUGAAAACUCUCAGUGUAACCUUGAAGCUCUAAGUUUCUCAACUAAAGACUCUUUACAAGAAGAAAUGGCAUCAGCUAUCAAAUCAGUCAUCAAAAAGGAGACUCUAAGGGAACUUGAGCUGAGUGGCAAAAUAAUGGUCGAUACAUUAUACCCUUUGCUUUCUGAUGGACUGUUCAGCCCUAAACUAGAGAAGCUCAGACUGAACAGAAAUCAGGGGAUUGCAAAAAUCUUUAAGGAGUUUGUGGCUGCGCUUGCAUCCAAGCCAUGCUCCUUACAAGAACUGGAACUGAGUUACACCAGUUUAAAAGACUCAGAAAUGGAGAUCCUCUCUACUGGGCUGAUGAGCACAAACUGUAACCUGGAGGUGUUGAAUCUCAGUCACAACAGACUCACUGAGAAAGGUUGUAAGAUGUUGGCCUCAGCACUCAGCUCCAAAUCUUCCCGUCUGACAAAACUAGACCUGAGCUACAAUGACCUGCGCGACUCAGGAGUGAUGGCGCUCUGUACUGCACUGACAAAACCACAAUGUGGUUUGAAAACACUAAGGCUGUCAUUUUGUAAAGUGACAGUAGAUGGAUGUGUCGCCAUGGCCUCAGCUUUGAGGUCUGAACACUGCGGCCUCAGGGAGUUGGACCUGAAGUUUAAUCACCUGGCAGAUAAAGGAGUCACGUUGCUGACUGACAUACAGAGGGAUGCUUGCUGCAGUCUAGAGAAACUCAAUGUGGACCAAAAUGAGGAAUGCUGGUUCGACCUGAAGCUACUGAGACAGUAUGCGUCUGAUCUGACACUGGACCCUAACACAGCAUGCGUGAAUGCAAUUUUGACAGAAAACAACAAAAGGGCAGAUUAUGUUGAGGAGAAGCAGCCAUACCCUGAUCAUCCAGACAGAUUUAAAAUUUGUCAAGUACUUUGUGAAGAAGGUCUGACCGGUCGACAUUACUGGGAGGUUGAGUGUCCUAUGGCUGACGUUGGAGUGGCGUACAAAAGUAUAGACAGGAUGGGAGACUGCGCACGUGAAUCAAUUUUCGGUGAAAAUGAAAAGUCUUGGUGCUUGACUUUUGAUGGAUUCUUUAAACAUAAUUGCUCUGAGGGAUUUAUUGUCCACGAUGAAUUCAAUUCAUCCCAGAGUACCGUUGGGGUUUAUCUAGACUGGCCGGCGGGUAUUUUGUCCUUUUUUGAGGUCCUUCCUGAUACACUGACCCACCUGUACACUGUCAGUACAACUUUCAACAAACCACUCCAUCCUGGUUUCUUCAUCCUCCCGUACGGAUCAAUUUACUUCCAUAAACUAAAUUAACCAAAUAUCUUGGCGAAAGAAACCUGUGCACAGCUACAGUAAGAGACCUACUCCCUGCUGGCUAAAUGCAACACUGAAACAUUCAACACAUGUGAUGAACUGAUUUAACAUUUAAACUGAAAUACCUAACAUUUGAAUCAUUUUUCAAUGUUAAAGUAUGAUUAAGUAAUAGGGGUUUGGUGGGUUUGAGACAAUGUCCCAUUGUUGUGUAUACAGUUUAUUGAAAUGUUUAAAUGAAUCACAGUUUCUUUUGAGAAGUCGUAGCACACCAUUCCUACUCAAUCCAACAAUACAUUAUGUGUAUUUUGAGCUUAACUUGCACACAGUGGUGUCAAGUAACGAAGUACAUUUACUGAAGUAAUGUUCAUAAGUAAUUGAGGUAAUUGUACUUCACCAGUGUUUUCAUUUUAUGCUAUUUUAUACUUCUCCUCUACUACAUUUUGGAAGCCCAUAUUUGUCAUUUUCACUCAACUAUAUUUAUUUAACAGAUAGUUACUUGAUAAAAUCUGAUUUUGACAGACAAUACUUGGGAACAACUUUUAAAAUAGGAAUCUUGGUAUAGAUGAAACCAUCUAACAUUAUAUUUAAGUAACUAAAACCAUAAGUGGGUUAACAGAAAAUGAAUUUGCAGACAUUUUUGGUCUCUUAAAUGUGAAGAUUUGCUGCUUUUGAUUUUAAAUAUGUUUUAAAUACUUA